GCUUUCCUUGUAACGUAAUUUUCAAGCAGCGCAGCGACUUGCUGUUUUGACCGCAGUGAAGAGCUUCGACAAGCUUACAGCAAUAAUAACGUUUUCUACUUCGUUUGGCUUGGUAGCCUAUUCUUAUUGUGCUGUGGGCUAAUCCUUGCACUUCUCCCACUAGUGUGUGCUUUUAAAGCAUCUCCUGCACAUUCUGCCAGUACUGCAGCAGCAGCUGAUUCAAAGCGGACAGCUCGCAGAAAACACGCAGACUCCUGGGGGAAACAUGCACUGGCAUAGACUGAAGAAGUCAUGACGCGUGUUUUUUCUUUAAUGAAACCGAAGAAAUGAGUUGCGGUUUCUCUGGAAGAGGGAUGGGAUGCAGGAAACUCCGCCGAUACUCCUCCGCCCGGGACUGAAUGUGUUGGAGGGAUGGAGCGGUUCACGAGACCCCGAGUGAAGGACAUUAGAGAACACACUAGAACUGAAAUGUGUUGCGUUUGGUUGGAAAACAUGGACAUAUCCUGCUUGGGACGAGCUCUUCUGCCUAUCUAUGAUUCUGUAGAGAUUUUUGAGGCAUAUGGAGUACAAGUACAAAACUGUGAGAAGAUGUCUGCAUGUUUAUUAUGAUUUAUUAAUGCACUAGUUUAACAUAUAUUAAAAUGUUUUGAUCGUUAAAUCAGAUUUAUUUUAACCUAUGCAAUUUUCUGAUCUUCCAUUAACUGUUUUAUAUACGUGCAUUAAUAUAUAGGACAAACUUUCAUCCAGUCAGGCAGUUUAUCUAUGCAUAAAUCAUAAUUGUAUUCUGGCAUGCAAACAGUCACAUGUCUUUACUAUCUACAGCUAAGAAAUGCACAGGCCAAGUGCCAGACUUGGUAAUUGGGUCUGUCAACUAUCUGUCAGGCAUGUCUUUAGAUUUACGUAUAAAGCAACAUUUUCUAGCUCAUUUUAAAUCCAAAUAAGCUCUAGUAGCUGAUUUUGGGCGUACUUGAGUUUUGGGACUUUCAGAUUACAGCUCUUUUACUCUUUGGCAAUCAAACAGACAGCAUGGGAAACAUACUUUAUUGUUGCCGUAAAGUGUCAGAAUAUAUUACCACCAAGGGAGCUGCUGAUCAGACUGAAGAGCACUCGGCGCUCUUAUCCCAGGAAAACAGCGAUGGAGAAAGUGUCUCUCCUUCAAGGACCUCAGCUGAUCUGCUGGACUCCCCAGUUCUGGACCAAGAUCACCUUUUGUUUCCUGACAUUGUGCUCAGCAGCAACCUUCACAUCAGAGGAGACUCAACUGAGGCUUUGGAGCUCUUAUUGGCAACAAGCGGGCAAGAGGCCAGCAGAGAAGAUGGAUUUGAUGAAAGCAAUCCACGAAAUGGAGGAGAAAGAAAUAGAGGGCUGGUGGGGCCGCCAAGCACAAACAUCACAGGCACAAAUCAAUCACGCUCCAUAGAGGAUGAAUGGCCUCUUCUGUCAUCCCUCUACCAAGCACCUGCUGCUCAAAACCGAAUAUGCACCCAUGGAUUAGAAGCAGACACUUGUAAACCUGUCUUUGCUCAUGGGACAGACGUUUCUUCCAUGUUUGCUGCAUCUUCACUAGAUGUCUCAAAAUGCGAUUUUGACAUCAGUCAGAGAGAAGAUGGCACGACUCAAACAGAGCAGUACAAUGAACUCAAAACCCCAAAGGAGCAAUUACACGCCGAGAAGAAACAGGACAAAAAGAAACUAAACGAAAGUGGUCCAAACAGUGCAGCACAAGCACAUCUAGAUGCGAUAAAGAUGCAACCUGCUUAUGGCAUUCCAACUGAAUGGCCUUUGCUUCAAAAGUCGCAAAGGGAAGCACAAACUUCAGAACUCACAGCACAACCUGAUGAAAAACUAGACUUCAAAAUAGAUGCACAGGCUUCUGAGAUACUAGAGAUGCGAAUUAUUAAACACGAGCAUGCUACUGAGAAGGAAACGUCUCUUGUAGAGCAACCAGACAUUGCUGACAUGAGCUCUGGGCUGGAGGAGCAAGAGUUUGGGGAGAUGAAGCAAAGCCCUUCACAGAUAGACCAGGGUUUUGUUUGGAAUAAGGAAGUAGAACAGACGCAGUGGGAUUUGGAAGUGCUAAAGCAGAGCUCAGGGUUAUCACUGCAGCACUCUGAGCAGACAACCCUCGCUGUGACCCAGGUAGAAAGAAAAGAGGAUCAGACUGAGCGCUUCACGCUUUUUGUGGUUGAUAAACUGUUCCUGGCCACUCCGAACUUUACAGCCUCCAGCCCUGACACCAUGACCAGUGGCAACGUACUAGAUGGCCCAGCAGAAGGGACAGCAGAGCAGGUUUCUGCUGUUCCAGACAUCGACCCUUGUGAGGAUGCAGGAUUCACAGUCAAGAUCCAGGCUCCUGGAACAGAACCAAGAGACUUCCAGGUGUCACCUUUAGCUACGGUGCAGGAAAUUAAGCAAGUAUUGAUGGACCAAGAGGAGACCAGUCGGCGCACAUGCUUUUCCCUGCAGCUGAAUGGAGUCACUCUCGACAACUUUACCCAUCUUAGAUCCAUACCAGAUCUUCAGGAGGGCUCCGUUCUGAGUGUUGUUGAGGAGCCGUACAGCGUUCGAGAAGUGCGUAUGCAUUUGAGCCACAUCAGAGAGCUUUUAAAGAGCCUGGACCUCACAGAUGGCUAUAACGGGGUGGAGGGCAGCUCACCGUCCUUUCUCAGCUGCGUCACAGAGGAAAUUAUGGAGGAGAGCAGCAAACCUAAGCGAAGAGGUGACGGGAUGAAGCAGAUCAACUGCUGUCCUCCAGAUCACCUUCUGCCAGGCUGUAAGGAACGUCUGCUGGUGCCCCUUCAACCUCAUUCCGCUUUUGGCAAGUCGUCAGAGUGCUUGAAGGUUUUGGCCUCGAGUAGCUGGAAUCCUCCGCCUGGAAACAGAAAGAUGCACGGAGACCUGAUGUAUCUGAACGUGGUCACUAUGGAGGACAGACACUUCAGUAUAACAGCAUCCACCCGUGGCUUCUUCAUCAAUCAAUCUACAACAUACAGCUUUAAUCCAAAACCAGCCGAUCCAAGUUUCCUCAGUCACGCUCUGCUGGAUCUCCUGACUCAGAUCAGCCCAGUCUUCAAGAAGAAUUUCAGUGCCUUGCUGAAAAAGAGAGGGUCUACUCACCCCUUCGAAAGGAUUGCGACACCGUUCCAGGUGUUCAGCUGGACCGCUCCAGCUCUGGAUCAUACACUGGACUGUGUCCGAGCAGAGGAUGUCAGCUCUUUCCGCCUGGGUUACGAAGAACACCUGCCUGUUCAGGCCCGGGACUGGAACGAAGAACUUCAGACCACAAGGGAGCUUCCAAGAAAAAACGUAACAGACCGCCUGAUAAGGGAUCGAGCCAUUUUCAAGGUUAACAGUGAUUUUGUGAGCGCGGCCACUCGAGGAGCGAUGGCAGUGGUGGACGGAAACGUGAUGCCCAUCAACCCCAGUGAAGAACCACGACAGCAGAUGUUCGUCUGGAACAACAUUUUCUUCAGUCUGGGCUUCGAUGUGCGGGACCAGUACAGAGAGUUGGGAGGAGACUCUGCAGCCCAUGCAGCUCCUGUCCUUGACCUGAACGGUGUGAAGGCGUAUUGGGUCAUGGAUCAGGAAGAUCUCUAUCUGAUCGGUACUGCAGUAAUUGAUUACCGAGGGUAUCGCGUUACUGCCAAAACUAUCAUGCCAGGAAUCCUGGAGCGGGACCAAGAACAAAGUGUCGUCUACGGCUCCACUGACUUCGGCAAGACCGUCGUUUCUGAUGACAGGUAUCUGGAGCUGCUUGACAAACCCAGUAAGAAGCUGAGGGUGCAACGUCACCGCGUCCUGAACAAGGACGACACUACAGUAGAGUUAUGCUCCUCGGUGGAGCACAAGGGCAUUGUGGGUAAUGAUGGUCGGCACUACAUCCUGGAUCUACUUUUCACUUUCCCACCCGACCUUAACUUCCUGCAUGUUGAAGGAGAGCAUUUAAAUCCUGUGUGUCAGCAACUGGGCUUCCCAAGGCUUCAUCCUCAUCGGCUGGUUUGUCUGAGACAGGAGCUCCUUGACGCCUUUGUGGAGCACAGAUACCAGAUGUUUAUGAAGACCGUCUCCCAAAGUUCUGAUGAUGACAGAAGAAUUUCCCAAUCUGAUGGCACAUCUGUGAUCAAGAGCGACCUAUCCACUGCACCACAGCUUCCCUUAAAUACUGUCAGAAUCCCAGAGCAGAAGCCAAAGCAGCCGCACCAAAUUACCAACAUCCAGCAGAGCUCUUCAAUAAAGCAAAUCUUCUCCUCCCUCAGGAAUACUUUUGACCUCCAAUUCAACCCCAACGUCUUCUGUCCAGGUGUACGUUUUCCCAAGGAAAGUACUGAAGAAAUCCAGAAACAGAAACAGCAGUUAAAGGAUGCAGCGAGUUUCCUCAUUUCCUAUCAGAUCCCUGCAUUUAUGAAGAAUUGUCUUGAGCACACAUCGAUGCCCACAGAUGGUGUGACGCUGACAGAGGCUCUGCAUCAGCAUGGCAUCAACAUCCGCUAUCUGGGCACCGUGCUGGAGUACAUUGAGGAGAUCCCGCUGAAAGAAAGACUCGAUCAUGUCUAUAGAAUUGCACUUUGUGAGCUGAUCACCAGAUGUGCAAAACAUCUGUUUAAGACGUAUCUUUUGGCAGUGGAACCAUCUGCUCUGUCCGCCUCUGUCAGCCAUUUCCUAAACUGCUUCUUGAGCUCCUUCGCCGAUGCCGGAGUCAUUCAGCAGAGCGACAGGUUAGCUUCCAGACGCAGGAGUCGCAGGAGACGCAGUCAAGUGUCUGAAGGUGGUACGGUGACCAUCUGGUCCACCCUCACUCCCAGCGAUUUGUGGAGAGCCAUCAGCACUGAGGCUCUGGAGUAUUACCACUACUGUUUGUGCUGUGUUAGUGUGGAGGAGGCCGUGGACAAAUGCAGACUGCAGAGGAUCACCCUGCUCAGAGAGACUGCCAUCAAAACUGGCAUUCAGAUUCUUUUAAGAGAGUAUCAGUUUGAUUCUGGACAGAAUGUUGUAUUCACUGAGGAAGACAUCCUUAAUAUUUUCCCUGUGGUGAAGCACAUCUCUCCGAGGGCCAGUGAUGCUCUUUAUCUCCUGCACCGUGGUCAGAUGAAGGUCCAGCAAGGCUGCCUGAAAGAGGGCUGCGAGUUAAUCUGCCAGGCUCUGGCUCUCUUCACUAAUGUCUAUGGGGCUCUGCAUCAGGAUGUCUGUGUCUGUUUGCGGCUGCUGGGACGAAUACACUACAUCCUCGGAGAAUACGCUGAGGCGCUCAGUCACCAGCAGAGGGCAGUGCUGAUCAGUGAGAGAGUCCUGGGAAUUGAGCAUCCCAGCACUAUACAGGAAUAUAGGCUCCUGGGUCUGUAUUGCUUUGCUGGUGGUCAGACAGUGACGGCUCUGCGGUUGUUGUACCGGGCAAGAUACCUGAUGCUGCUGGUGUGUGGAGAAGAUCACCCUGAGAUGGCUUUACUGGAUAGUAAGAUAGGUCUUGUGCUUCAUAGUAUGAUGGCCUGUGAACUUGCCCUCAAGUUCCUGGAAAACGCCUUGUUGCUGACCUCCAAAUAUCAGGGACCCUCAUCUCUCAAACUGGCACAAAGUCAUCACCUACUGGCGAAGGUGUAUGAAAGUAAAGGAGAUUUCCGGGUCGCUCUGAAGCAUGAAAAAGAACGUUACGGCAUAUACAAGAAGCAGGUGGGAGAAGCACAUGAGAAAACCCAGGAGAGUUCAGAGUACCUGAAGCAUCUCACACACCAGGCUGUGAUUCUGCAGAAAACCAUGAACUGGAUCUACAAGACUGGAUCUGACACCAACAUCUCCCCGCUCAAUCUGAACUCUCCCAGUCGGGUCUGGAUUGUGGAACAGCUCAAUCUGGUCACUGGGAUUGUCCUUAUUCCUCUUAGUAACAGUGACCUAGAGAAACUCAGGACUGGUGCUCAGAAAACAUCUCAGCUCACGCAAAAUCAGGAUCAAUCAACGGAGGAUCUGCCUGAGGACCACAACAUAUCACAAGCUAUUAUUCAAGAGGACUAAUUUAAAACAUUUAAAGAAGGUGAUUAAACAGAUGAGCUCUCGAAUGAAAAGCGACCUCCUGACCACAUGCUGCAGUGGAUGAUCUUGAAAGUACAUAUAGCUCUCCCUUUAAAAAAGCAUGAGUGUAUAUAGGGAAAUUUGCACAUUUGUGAACUGGACUGUUUGGUCAUAUGUGUUUCCCUUUGUACUUUGAUGUGUUAUGAUCGCACUGUGUGUGUGUAUAAGAGCUACAGAGCAGUGACUAGUAAUGAGGGCUAAUGCAUGCACUUCAUACAUAGUUUGGCUUGUUUUUUAAGGUGCCAUAGAAUGGAAAACUGUAUGCAUAGCUGAAUAAUAAACGUUCACUAGAUGGUAAUGACAUA